AAACCCCAAAGUCACAUAAGUAAAAACUUCGACGUUCGUGAGCGGUUAGUCCAUUGACAAAAGGUGCAAAGUUUGAUCAGUUUCAGUCGCCAGUCGACCGUGACCCAUAAAGCUGUGAGUUGUGACCGGUUUCCGCUGCUCGAGCUGUGAGGGGUGGAAUGAAGACAACUGAGCUCAAUUCUUUCCAGUCUAUUGGGUUGCCCAUCUUAACUAAUAGUGGAGAAAGUCCCGCCAGUGCAUGAAAUAGUAUGUCGAGAAGCAUGUCACGGUUUCUAGUUCGCCUCUCCACUGUCGUUUCCAAAGGAGCGACUGGCAAAUCAGUUUUACCUCAGAAGAGGAUAUUCGCUGGGAUUCGAUUGAUUUCUUCAUCUACGGGUUUGCAGUCAUUGACACGUUAUGACCAGUCCACAGACUGGCAGAGAAAACUAUCCCCAGAACAAUAUGUUGUUACAAGAGAAAAAGGCACAGAGGUGCCGUUCAGUGGCAUCUACUUGAAUCACAAUGAGGUGGGCAUGUAUCACUGUGUUUGCUGUGACUCGCCUCUUUUUAGCUCAGAAGCAAAAUAUGACGCAGGAGCUGGCUGGCCGUCAUUCUGUGAGGCUCAUGGGACUUGGGAAAAAGAUGAGAGUCAUGCCAACAUUGUGCGCCGCCCUGAUAACUCACUUGGCAGCACAGGAACUGAGGUCAUCUGCAAACAUUGUGAUGCCCACCUUGGACAUGUCUUUGAGGAUGGUCCUGAUCCGACCGGACAGCGAUUCUGCAUCAACAGUGUAGCACUGAACUUUAAACCCAGAGAAAAGUAAUGCCAACAAAUCCAAUAGUGCAAAUAACAAAAACAAAUAGCAUUGGAAUAACAAAUGUCCUUAGUUCUGUGCUAUGAGUCGUGCCGGUUCACUCCUAAAAUGAUAACUAUAACAAUAACUAUAUUAGCAUCCACAACAACAAACAUUUGAGUUUAUAUUGACUGCCCACUUUUUCUGCAACAUUGGUUUCCAUAUUGAUUUUUCCCAUUGAUUUUUCCAAUAGGAAUUAAGCACACGACACUGUUAAAUGUAUUUGACUUUUAUCAUAAUACAUGAUAUAAUGAUAUUAUCACUGCUGCAAAGAAAGGUUCUUUUAGCAUGUACAAUUACAAACAGAGCUCUUCAUUUUCGGGCAUGGCUUAAAGCAGUGUGUCCCAAAGUGAGGGUCGCAAGACAAUUUGCUUAACGAUUUCCAAAAUGGUUGAAUGUUAAUUAUGUAAAAUGUUAAUAAUAAACAUUAAAAAAUAACAUGCAAAAAAAAGUCAUCAGCCUUUCGAUUAUUAUUUUUUUUUUUUGCAACCCCUGGGGUUAUUACGUUAUAUUAAAGACGUAGCAAUUGGGUUCAACACAGGCUCAUUCUGAUUACGAACCCCUAUAAACAUAUCUGGAGAGCACCAAAUAUGUCCCAGGAGCCACUGCCACUGUGUAAGUGUUUUCAGUUCUCAAAUUUCUCUUGCGAGUGCCAUUUUGCGCCUGCUCUUCUCAUGUAAAUCCACCAGAGGUCGCUGUUGACUGGCUGACCGACCAACCAACCGACCAAUCCCCCAUCCUCCCCAUCUCUAAACUUAACCAAUAGUAUUGUUAAGAGCUCCUAUUGUGACCCGCCCUAACGACUUCCCUAAACCCAACUGACAAUUUUUUGAAAGUUCAGAAAAAGAAAACUUAAAGACCUGUAAUGGAUGUGACAAAGGAGACAUGCAAAACAUGCAGUGUUAACAUAUGAAAUUAUUUGUAUUUUAAAAUAAAUAACCUAAUAAGUCUUGAACUCUACUGUUAAUACAAAACUUUGAAUGUUCUGAAAAGCCAUACAAAUGGUUUAUAUAAUAAAAUAACUAUUCACUGUAUUUUAAAGUGUGUAUGAUUAGGGCUGCACGAUGCUGGAAAAAUCUAACAUUGUGUUUUUUUUUCCCAGCGAUACAUGUAUAUAUUACGAAAUUAAUACAAUUUUGGUAGAUUUCUUUAAAUAGCUCUAAUUGGAAUGGAUUUAUAUAAAUAAAAAUAAUAAUUAAUAAAAACAAAAUUGAGCAAAGAUAAAAAUAAAUUUAGCAGUCAGAUAUUCAGGUACAGUAAUAUGGUACGAUACAAUAUCAAUAUAUUUUGCCCCCGAUUAUGAUUAUUACGAAUAUUAACCAUCCACAAUAUAUCAUCAUAUUCAUAAAUGAAGGGGUGGAUGCAUCAAAAAUGUAGAAGAUGUAUUUCAUUAACAGCACAUAUAUUUUGUAGAAUUGCAACAUUGAUAUGUUUGAUCUGACACUAUGAGAAGCACCACCUCAUGUACAGUCAUCUAAGUGGUAAAUGGUAGCAGUGCAAGGCUAAUGAAAUAGUUCAGAUCUUUUGUACCUUUACAUAAAUCCUGAUACUUGGCUACAUCAUUAGUGUACCGGGAGUGGAAUAAAUCUCAAUAAACCAGCAUAGAUAUUUUGUCCUACCCCUAAUAUUGAAUAAUCAAAUGUAAUGUAAAUAAACACUGUGCAUUCUUCAUUGCUGAUCAACUAUAAUAAUCCCAACUUCACAUUGAAAAUGCUGCGGUGUGAUUAUGGCGAAUGAGCACAUUGCGAUAUCGAUGCUGAAACAUCAUAUUGAGCAGCCCUAUUCAUGAAAACAUGUUAUGCAUGGUCAUUAUCAUGAUUUAUUGUAGCAUUUAAUAUUGGCACGUCUAAUAGGGAUCUGCUUAUCUGCUUAAGUCUUUGUUGUUAUUAUUAUUAUUAACAUUUUAACCAAACUAUCCAGCUAUGAGGAGAAUCACAGCAUUUAAACUUUGAGAAAAAUCAGAAAAUAAGAAAAUAAAGAAAUAUUUACACAAAAUUGUUUAACAGCUUAUCUGAGAAAAGUAACUACAGUCCCACAACGCAUUGAUGACAUGAAUGACAAUUUAAUGAAAAGAAAAUGAAAUAAACAUUGAUUAAAAAUCA